AUGUCUUAUCAUAAAAAGAAAAUUGAUGAUUUUCAGCAGCAUCGAAAAUUUCCUACAAAGCCCUUGAUUAAAAGAAAAUAUCUUAAUGAGCUUGAAUCAUCUGAAUCUGACAGCACAGCCGAUAUUCACCCAUCCGAAAGACCUCUUAAAGCCAGACUUGAGUCUUUUAAAACAAGAACCAUAUGGACUUUGCUUAUGUUUGGAGGAUUUUUGCUAAUUGUAGCUGCAGGUCAUCUGUAUUGUUGCUUAUUAGUACUUUUGGCGAAUACUUUUAUUUAUAAAGAAAUCUUGUCGAUCAAAAGAAAUGAACAGAGGGAUUCAAAGCUUCCUUUCUUUUAUAUAAUAUAACGAUAUAGCCCGUUCCCGGCUAUAGAUUGGGCUAUGCCCGAUCUUUGCCAGGAAACUCGGGGGGUUGUCUGCAUCACUUCGAGGUGACGAGUCAACUCCCCGAGUUGGCAAAUCACUUAAUGGUGGCUAUUUGCCAACUCGGGGAGUUGACUCGUCACCCCGAAGUGACGCAGACAAAACCCCGAGUUUCCCGGCAAAAAUCGGCAUAGCCCGAUCUAUAGCCGGGAACAGGCUAUAAUUAUUAUUAUUAUUUUAAUAUUAAAGGAAACAUAUAUUAUAGGUGCUAAAUUAAUUCAUUACUAAUAUAAUAACUGAUACUUUUUUAUUCUUACAGAGUUGUGCACAACUUCAAUUUUACUUGAAGAACGAAUUUUACUAUUAGGAGGCACAGCAAUUGAGCUUUUAUAUCAAUAUCAUUAUGUAACUUUUUUCUCUCUUUAUGUUCUAGGAAUUGUAUUAUUUGUGAUUUCACUGAGAAAAGGGUCUUAUAAAUAUCAGUUUAUGAUAUUCGCAUGAACCCAUAUAGCUUGCUUGCUUGUAGUCACACAAAGCACUACAAUUCUUAUGAACAUUUACACUGGAUUAAUUUGGUUUUUACUGCCUGCCCUAUUAGUAGUCGUAAAUGAUUGUUUUUCUUACAUUUUCGGAGUAUUUUUUGGAAGAAUCCAGCUUAUAAAGGUAGUUCCUGACAAAACUCUAGAAGGUUUCAUAGGAGGCUUACUGUCUACAAUAAUUUCUGCUUAUAUCGUAUUUAUUAUUUAGCUUUCUCAUGCUUUGGCUCAAUACGAUUAUUUCUUAUGUCCUCAGCCAGAAAUUAUUUUAACGCCUUUUACAAGUCUAACUUGCAACUCUGAAGAUAUUUUAAUGAAAAAAGAAAGAAUUUUGCCUUGGGUAUUUCAAUACAUCGGCUUAAGCACUAUAAAUGCUUCAUCAUUAGAACUUCAUGCAAUGGUGUUAGGGGUUUUCGCAGGGUUUAUUGCACCUUUCGGAGGAUUUUUCGCAUCGGGAGUUAAGAGAGCAUUUAAUUUAAAAGUAUUUGGAGAUUCUAUACCAGGACAUGGAGGAAUUACUGAUAGAAUGGACUGCCAAAUUAUGAUGGGGAUGUUUACUUUCGUAUGGAUACAUUCCAUUGUAUUGAAGAAGCCACCCUCAAUUGCAAGUGUGAUGGUUCAAGUUAUGAGCAUGGAGCAUAAUGACCAAGUGUAUUUGUUAGAGCAAUUGAAAGAAGCUUUAGAAAAUAGAAAUAAUUAG